UGUGUUGCUUUUACCAAUUUAUAAUCGGUAAAUUGCUUUUGUCGGGAGUGAAAACACAAGCAUGCAAAAACACCUGUCACCUGCUUGGGUUAGCGACCUGCGUGGGGAUUGCAGGCCGAUGCAAUGUUGCAGGCAGGGUUCUGUGAUCAAUCAGUAAUGCGGGAGAACACAGUCGCCACCGAAAUUGGGAAGUUUAACUUGCUACAGGAGCAGCGUGUUCAUACUUAUAGACUCUUUGAAGAGGGGCACAAGAUAUAUUUGAGUUCAAGUCCAAACUACGACUUCCCCACUUUUCGGCAGUUGGUUCAUGAUGUCACACAAGAAUUCAAGAGAAUAUCAGGAGAUAUCAUAUCUAUUGAGAAGAACCUUAGAGCUAGCGGUAAUGGUGCUGUUGCAGAUACAGUUCUAGCAAUUCAAGAAUGUGAAAAAAAGAAGUUAGAGUUGACUGCUCAUCUGCAGCUUGCACGGCAGAUGGUUACAGAGUGCAGUGAAGGCGAAUUAGAAAAGAUGAAAGAAAAAGAAAUUAGAGCCGAGCUGGGACACGUAGUAGAAGAAAUCAAUGACCAUUUAACUGAGCUCCGAUAUGAAAUUUACAACGCGGAAUAAUAAUGUGUACUUAAAGAUUUUCUGUUUGAAUGCCAUACUAUAAGUAGGUUUUAUCUAGCUUAAAGCUCAAGAUGGAAUAUAUAGCAGUGAAAUACAUCUUCAGUGGUGGGAAUAGUAGCUUGCAUCAGCCAGAUUCAUUAUAAAUAUUAAGCAAGGUUUAAAAAUGGAUGGGAUUAUUUUGGUGAGCCUGCAAGCUUAUGGUCAAAUAUAAAAUGGAAAUUAAAAAAGAAUAUUAAUGGGUUAAGCAAAGUUUAAUAAAAUGAUAGAUCUGAUCGCACAGAACUGCAGUGAAUAAAUAUAUUCUUAUAAGCAAAAUUAUAAAUGAAGCCAAUUGAAAGUAUCAUUUUGGAAGCGCUGCAGUUUACAGAUGGGAAUGUGUAGUUACAUACUAUAAUAUUUUUUAUUUUCUUGUGAGAGACAUUUGAUUAUGUACAUUUUAUAAUUGUUGAAACUUUUCUUGAUAAUUUAUUUAUGGUGAAUCUCGUGAUACACCAACAAAUAGUCUAAUUAGUUGUUACAAAUUGAGAUCAUAAAAGUGCCUUUUAUACUGAAAUUUAUCAAAUCCAAGUGCCAAAAUGAACAACAAAUUUAAGAGGAAUAUAACCUAUUUCAUAUAAUUUUUUUUUUUUUUUUUUUUUUUUUUCCUCGUGACAAACAUUUUCUUUUUGGAUAAAUCUGUAGCCUCAGCUUAUUUGGUUUUUCUAAAGUAUUUAGUUUUUGCUAGUUCAUUUCUGUUAUAUCAUUGUCAAUGGUUUAUUAAUCUACUAUGUUAGGUUGUGAGGUUCAGUUGUUUUAUUGUUAGUUGACAAGAUUUCAGACAUGUUGAUGUAUGUUCAUUUUUUUUUUUUCAAAUUUGAAAGUUCCAUGUACACAAAAAUGAACUGCAUUCAUCAGCUAUUUUUUCUACCAAUAAAAAGUUUAAAGCAUG